GUCCUUGGUGCUGGAGCGGCGGGGAUCGAUUUCCUGCACCACGCUCCCCCCGCCCUUGAAGGACUGGGCGUCGAGAUUGUCUGCUAUGAAAAGAACAAUGAUGUUGGAGGUACAUGGUAUGAGAACCGUUAUCCUGGGUGUGCGUGUGAUAUUCCCAGCGUGGCCUAUACGUUUCCCUGGAGGAGUAACCCCAGUUGGACGCGUUACUACUCCGGUGCGAGGGAAAUAUGGGAGUACAUGAAACGGAUAGUGGAGGAAGAGGGCAUGAUGCGGUAUAUCCGCUUGAGGACGGCAGUGAUCUCAGCAGUGUGGGAUGAAGGGAGGAGCAAGUGGGUGGUAAAGCUGAGGCGGACGGACGAUCACGGACACGCGAGCGAGUGGGAGGAGGAGGGCGAUGUGUUCAUCAAUGGCUCCGGAUUCCUGAAUGCGUGGAAGUGGCCGGAUACACCUGGGCUGCAUUCAUUCCAAGGCAAGCUUUUUCAUACAGCUGCCUACCCCGAGGGAUUUAGUCUGAAGGAUAAGAGGGUGGCUGUCAUUGGUUCGGGCAGCUCAGGAGUUCAGGUCAUUGCCAGCAUUCACGAUGAAGUAUCUCAUCUGUACACAUGGGUGCGAAGCCCCGUAUGGAUCACGGCGGCGUUCGGACAGAGCUUUGCUGGGAAGGACGGUCGGAAUUUUGAUUAUUCCUCUGAGCAGAAGAAAGACUUCAGUUCCGAUCCAGGGAAGUAUCAUCGAUACAAGAAGGCCAUCGAGAACGAGUUGAACCAGCGCAUUAAGCUCACUUUGCGUGAUACGGCAGAAUCCGAUGACGCCAAUGCUUACGCGUACAGCGAAAUGUAUACCAAACUUCAAUCCAAGCCUCACGUACGCGAUGCUAUCAUUCCCUCUAACUUCAAUGUUGCAUGCCGUCGCCCCACACCAGGCAACGGCUUUCUCGAAGCAUUAGCUUCCGAUAAAACGACUGUCUUCACUUCACCCAUCAGACAAAUCACACCCACAGGGGUGAUUGACUCCGCUACAGGAGUUGAGCACGCGGUAGACGUGAUCAUCUGCGCAACCGGCUUCGACACCUCCUACCGGCCGCGCUUCCCGAUCAUUGGUCUCAACGGUAUAAGCCUAGCAGACAAGUGGUCUGACACACCGACAAGCUACCUGGCUAUCGCCGUCGACGGAUUCCCGAACUAUUUCACCUACUCCGGCCCUUUUGGUCCAGUCGGCCACGGCUCCAUUCUCCCAAUAAUCUCACAUCUAUCAAGCUACUUCAUCCAGGUCAUACAACGCAUGCGAAUACAACAUAUCCGUCGUCUCAGCCCUAAGCCCGCCGCGGUGGAGGACUUUGUCGAGCAUGUUCGGACUUAUCUACCACGAACCUGCUGGGCGGAUCCGUGCUCGAGCUGGUUCAAGCAAGGGAGGAAGGACGGGCUAGCGGUCGUGUGGCCUGGGUCACGGUUGGCGUACUUCGAAGCGUUGCGGACGCCGACGCUGAGUGAUUACGAAGUUGUUUACUGGAGUGGGAAUCGGUUCGGGUACUUGGGGUCCGGCUUUGUGGAUGUGGAGUUUCCGACUGGCGUGCGGGAUCUGACAUGGUAUCUGGAC